AUGGCACAAGUACAGGCUGUUCAAACAUAUGGUCGUAAGAGAACUGCAACUGCAGUGGCACAUUGUAAAGCUGGCAAAGGUUUAAUCAAGAUCAAUGGAUCGCCAUUACAUUUAGUUGAACCAGAAAUUUUGAGAUUCAAAGUCUAUGAACCAAUUCUAAUCCUAGGUCAAGAUAAAUUUGCUAAAGUUGAUAUCAGAGUACGUGUAAAAGGUGGUGGUCAUACCUCACAGAUCUAUGCAAUUCGUCAAGCUAUUGCAAAAUCUAUUGUAGCCUAUUAUCAAAAAUAUGUUGAUGAGGCUCAAAAAAAAGAGAUCAAAAAUACUUUGAUUCAGUAUGAUAGGAGCUUGUUGGUAUCUGAUCCUCGUCGUUGUGAACCUAAAAAGUUUGGUGGUGUUGGUGCUCGUGCAAGAUACCAAAAAUCUUACCAUAAAGGUUCUGUCUUAAUCUUUUUGCUUAAUGAGGAAGAUUCAGUUCCAUCUGUUUCAGAAGACUCGUUUUUAUCGUUUUACUUGAUGAUGCAAAUUAUUUUAGCCAUUUCGCUUGAUGCUACAGCUAAUGUGGAAAUCCCCCCUUUAAAGAAAGUUCCAAGUAAAGAAGUUGCAUUCACAACUGAUAAAUAUCCAACUUUACAAAGAAAUCCAAAUUUUAACCAACUUUCUUCAGAGGAUAUUUUGUUUUUCAAGUCAAUAUUACCUUCUAAUAGUCUAAUCAUUGAUAAUGGAAAUAAUUCUGAUGAUCUAGCACCUUAUAACUUAGAUUGGAUGAAAAAAUAUAGAGGAAAGUCUUGUUUAGUGGCUAAACCUAAAACAACACAACAAGUUUCCCAAUUGUUAAAAUAUUGUAAUGAAAAAAAGUUGGCUGUUGUACCUCAAGGCGGUAACACAGGACUUGUUGGUGGUGGUGUUCCAGUUUUUGAUGAAAUUAUUAUAAAUACUAGUAAUCUAAAUCAAAUAAAAAGUUUUGAUUCUAUUUCUGGGGUUCUUACAUGUGAUUCUGGCUGUAUCCUAGAGGUCCUUGAUAAUUAUUUGGCUGAACAAGGUUUUAUGAUGCCAUUAGAUUUGGGUGCAAAAGGAAGUUGUCAUAUUGGUGGUAAUGUUGCAACAAAUGCUGGUGGAUUAAGACUUUUACGAUAUGGAUCUUUGCAUGGCAGUGUACUAGGAUUAGAAAUUGUACUUCCAGAUGGGACAAUUUUAGAUAACCUUUCUACUCUUCGUAAAGACAAUACUGGUUAUGAUCUAAAACAAAUCUUUAUUGGGUCAGAAGGUACUCUUGGAAUAAUUACUGGUGUGUCUAUCUUAACACCUCAGCGUCCUAAAGCUGUUAAUGUUGCAAUAUUCGGAUUGAAUUCAUUUGAAAAUGUUCAAAAGGCAUUUAUUAAAUCAAAACAAGAGUUAUCAGAAAUUCUUUCUGCUUUUGAAUUCUGGGAUUUUUCUGCUCUUAAAUUGGUUGAAUCAAUUCACAUUCAAGGAACAAGAUUCCCAUUAGAAAAUAAAUAUCCCUUUUAUGUAUUAGUAGAAAUUAGUGGAUCAAAUAAGGAUCAUGAUGAAGAAAAACUUCAGAAUUACUUGGAAACUUUGUUAUCACAAGAAAUUGUAGAAAAUGGUGUUGUUGCACAAGAUGACACUCAAAUCAAAAAUUUUUGGACAUUUAGAGAAAUUAUUCCAGAAGCAUGUAGUAAAUCAGGUGCCGUUUAUAAAUAUGAUAUGUCAAUGCCAGUUCCAGUUCUUUAUCAGAUGGUAGAAGAUGUAAGAGAACGAUUGUCACAAGCUGGUGUUUUUGGUGAUGACAAGCCAGUAACUAAUGUGAUUGGUUAUGGUCAUAUAGGCGAUGGUAAUUUACAUUUGAAUAUUACUGCAAAUUCUUAUGAUUCUCAAAUUACCAAUCUUAUUGAACCAUAUGUUUACAAAUGGACAGAAAAACACAAGGGAUCUAUUUCAGCAGAACACGGACUUGGUUUUAUGAAAGCAAAUCAUAUUGGUUAUUCAAAAUCUAAACCAAUGAUUGAUAUGAUGAAAAAACUAAAAUCUAGCAUUGAUCCAAAUGGAAUAAUGAAUCCUUACAAAUUUUUUCCAAAUUAA